AAGUACACCCCGUCCCCAGUGCCGGCUGUGCUGUGACAGUCUGUCGGUCUUUGUCCUUGCUGGGACGUGACUCAUUGGCUUUCCGGUGCUGCUGAGGUCGAGAGACCCAACAGCCCCGCCUCCUCUGACCGCUGAUUGGCGGAUCGCAAGGGUCUUUAGAUAAACACCAGAAGAAACGCGUUCACAUCUAGCGAUGCGGAGGUGCCUUCGUGCACGAGUUAAUUCGCUGUAUUGGAUGCGAGGUAGACGGAUCUUUAAUCUAAAGACAAGGUAUUGACCUUUUUUUUCUUUUUGCGUUGUCAAAGUGUAAAAUGCGCGGCCGUGUGACAGUCCAGGCCGUGGAGCUGCUGGGCAGCGGAGCCUCCAGGAUCAGCGUGACCAGGCUCUUUCUCUCCACAUCAGCCAAAGCAGCCGCUCCGCACUCGACCGGAGCAACACUGCAUGGCAUCGACAAAAGGUUUCGGUCCACAUCGUCCAUGUCCAGUCACACUGAGCUGGCUCGCGAGCGGUCCAAAACCGUUACGUCUUUUUACAACCAGUCUGCCAUCGACGCAUCAGCCGAGAAGCCUUCUGUCAGACUGACACCAGCCACUAUGCUGUAUGCAGGGAAGUCUCCGGAUGGACAACAUAUCCUGAGCAGUGCCAGGUAUCUACACAAAGAGCUGCCUGUACGUAUCGCCCAUCGCAUUAAGGGUUUUCGCAGCCUGCCCUUCAUUAUCGGCUGCAACCCAACCAUUCUCCAAGUGGUGAACUUGAAUGGUAAUGUAAAUGUCUUGAUCCCCUCUGUUCUCCUCAGACGACUAUGUGAGCAUCAGUAUGGGAAUUCUCCACGGGUUCGCAUUAAUGGCCAUGUGGCGGCCCGCUUUCCCUUCAUUCCACUGCCUCUGGACUAUAUUCUGCCUGAGCUGCUGAAGAACGCCAUGAGGGCCACCAUGGAGAGUCACUUGGACACUCCUUACAAUGUGCCUGAUGUUGUGGUCACAAUCGCCAACAAUGACACAGACUUUGUCAUAAGGAUCUCAGACCGUGGCGGUGGUAUUCCUCACAGCAUUCUGGACCAGGUGAUGCAUUACCACUUCAGCACAGCUGAACAGAGCGCACAGGAUCCCCGCAUGAGCAACCUUUUCAACAACAUAACCAACAGCGGCCCCCAGUCUGGACCCAUGCAUGGGUUUGGCUUUGGUCUGCCUACGUCCCGAGCGUACGCUGAAUACUUGGGAGGUUCCUUGGCCAUCCAGUCGAUGCAGGGCAUCGGCACAGACGUCUACCUGCGUCUUCGGCACAUUGAUGGCAAAGGAGAGAGCUUCAGAGUUUGAUGUCGUAGUCUAUUUGUAGAGCUUGUGGGUCAGUCACCAUGUUGAAGAUUUUAAGGCUCGAAGAGGAACCAAAGCCAAGAUGUUAAACAGUUGUCCUUUCACUCAUAUUGCCUGUCACUGCAUCAGUAUCACUGCGUUUUCUGCAGAUUAUGGGUGUCAUGCUUGGCAUUCGCACUGCGUUGUGUUUGUGUAGUGCACUGUGAUUUCUGUCAAACUCUCAGCCUUAAGAUUGCAAAGUGAUUUCAUGAUUAAAAUCCAGCGUGUUACUGUCCAUCGUCACCAGUGGGACGAGUCCUUACACUCCAGACGCUUGCAGAAGACACUCUCCAGACAGCCAUAUCCUGCUUUUCUUCAGAAAUGCGAGAGAAUUGUUUGAACUCUUUGGAGAUGCAGUGUUCACUCCAACGGUGAAUGCAGAAAUCUUCUAUGAACUCUGAAAAGAGGUCGACUGCCUUACGAAAAAGACUGAUUCUGAAAAUGUUGUCGGUCUUACUUCACACCUGUCUUGAGUUUUGACAUUUUACAUUAACCAUAUGAGUUUAAGAGUUUGUUGUAGAUUUCAUGCUUGAAAUGGUUUGCUAAAAAAGGCUCUUAGGGUUAUAGCACAGCGCUAAAAUAUAAAUGAUAGUUUUGUUUUGUUUUCUCUCCAGCAAACAGUGUUCUAGAGAUGUUCAUAUUUGAAUGGAUGUUUUUACACUCUGCCCACCUGCACAUUUGGUCUCUUGAUCGAUUUUGUUCAGUUCAUUUUCUAAAAGGAUGCCAAUAUGUUUGAGACUGAGAGGCCACGAGAUUUGUUUACCUGAAUUUGAAAUUUUCCCCAAAUGAAAAAAGUUCUAUUGAAUUACUAAUUGAACUGCUGGAGGAGGUCACAAUACAUAGUGCAAGUAAUCUGUAACAUUUUUUCUUGUAAUGUUGUGCCUGUGUUUUCUUUUCUCUCCUUUUGAAAUGACUUUCAAGAAAAGGAGCCGCCUCCUGUUUUCUGCUCAUUAUCUUUUCUCAAGAGCUGCGGAUUUGUUGCCCCCUACUGGUGGAAUCUGAGUAUUAACUUUGACUUUAAACGAUAUGGACAUACUGAUGAGUUAGUGUAAUGAAUGAUGUACAGUAGGUUUUGGAUAAUUUAGAAUGACUAACAUGCACAUAUUAACAUUUUUCUUUGUUUAUAUAAAAGGCCAAACUGUGGCAUGACGCACUCAAAAUGAUAUCAAGGAUGGGAUCAUUUUGUUUUUUCUUUUUUUCCAUUACAUAGUUUUGUUGAGUUUGCAUUACAUAGUCGCCAAAUACACAGCUUUUUGGGCAUUAUAAAAUU